UUCUGGUUUCUCCCCAGACUUCUUUUGUUGUAGCAGCAGCAGCGCCUUGCCGGCAGGGAGAUGCACUGAGGAAGGAGAGCAGCAAGACAGCCUGGAGUGGGUGCCGCGGAAGGCUCCAGACGUUGCAGAAUGAGUGCGUCAGAAACAGGGAGAGGAGAGGGGAGAACAGAAGGGGAGGGACGGCGAUGAUGAGAUCAGGCGCCCGGCGGCAUCAUCAUCAUCAUCGAGACGAGCAGAAGGUGAGCCUAGGUGGGCCCCUAACCAGCGCGGUCCCUCUCCGGCCACGACCACCAGCCGCUGCCCAUUUUGCUGCGCCUUCCCUUGCAGCCCCAGAGGAGACCGAUUUGGCCAAGGGGAUGGCCUUCCCUGUGGACCUGUUGGAUAACUAUAGUCAUGAAGACCUGGAGAGUUCUGGAGAAGAUUAUCUGUCUGAUCUUAGAUGUGGGGAUCCAGAAAAUCCAGAGUUCCUGUCUCUUGUCAAUAAUGUCAAAAUUCCAAUUUGUUUAUCAACGGUUGGCUUCAUUCCCCUUUAUGGCGGAGAGGAAAGACACAAAGUCCUUGCUUUGUUUGCGCCAGAGGAUUCACUCACAGCUGUUGCCCUGUUUCUUGCUGAUCAGUGGUGGAUGAUUGAUGAUAUUGUGAGAACAUCUGCUCCUUCUAGAGAAGGACUUCUGCGGGUGAAGUCCAUUGGGGAGAGAGUGGUUCUUUAUGUGCUAAAUAGGGUAAUUCAUCGCAAGCAAGAUAUUGAGAAAAAUGAGUUUCCAUUCCUGUGUCAUGGUAGCCAUGAUUAUGCGAAGAUUCUGUGGAAGAAAGGAGAAGCAGUUGGUUUUUAUUCUGUUAAGCUUCCAGGCAGCAUCUGUAGUGCCUUCCUUACCCAGAGCUACCAGCUUCCAGUCCUGGACACAAUGUUUGUGAGGAAGAAACAUCGGGGGAAAGACAUGGGGCUACUGAUGCUGGAAGAUUUUGUGGAUUCUUUCACGGAAGACACACUUGGCCUGCGGUUCCCACUCACAUCUUUUAUGCAUGCUGCUUGCCAGAAGUACUUUGAAAGGUACCCAGGGGACCACGACCUUCUGUGGGAAGUUGAAGGAAUAGGUCAUUUGCACCAGCGAACACCGGUAGCUAGUAUAUUGCAGAGAGAAAGUUUAAAACGCAGAGAAGGCUCACAAAAAGAAAGUAACACUUCCCAGAGUGAGGAUAGCUUUCUGCAAACUGUCAUGGACCACAGCACAGCGAAUGAACAGGCUACUGAGCCCAGUGAAACACGCCUAAGUGUUAAUGUUCAUAAAAAUAAAGAUGGUUUAGAUGUAUGUGAAGGCACUUCUGAAGAACUUAACGCUGUACCGCUUUCUACUCGAUCACGAAGCAAUCAUCUGAAACGUCCAAAGUUGGGGAAAAGAUGCCACGAAUCUGAAAUUCCUGAAGGCGAAGAUGUAAACAUUUCUCAAACAUCAGAAAACAGGCUGGAACCAAUUGAACGUGUAUCUGAAAGUUCAGAAGACUUGAUAGAUGAGAUGGAAGAAAAUGCUGUUGAAAGUGAGCAGGAGGUGUUAGUUGAAAAUCAAAAACAACCAGUCCAAGAAACACCACAGCUAUGUCCCCUAUCUGAGAAGCAAGAUGAUAAAGAGGAAAUGGAUGUAGAGCCACUCAACGGUGAACUAAUGGAAGAUGCUAUCAAGGUGUCAAUUGUGUCUGAAGGGCAAACAGCAAAUGAAGUUAUGGAUGGAGAAUCAAAGUUGCAGUCUGAAAGUUCAGAGGAAGCAACUCUAACUUUACUUGUCCCAUUGAUCCUUGAUCCUUCAGUAAAAUGCACUGAAGACAGUGAUGACAAUGUUUCAGAUAAGGUUGAGAACAUGGCUGAUGUGGAAGUCCUACCAGAAGAGGAACAUCCAGUGACGCAAAGAAAAACAGCAUUUGCUCCAAAUGCAGAUCCUGUUGCGGCCGCAGAAAAGGAAGACCGCCCCAAUAAUGGCCUUUCAAACUCUGUAGUGACUGAGGGGCCAGAAGAUACUACUUCUGAAAAUGUAUCUCCCAACACAACCUCCUCCUUGGAAGAGCAAAGCGAGGAGGGAGGGUCCGACUCGCCAGAGGCUCCAGUUGGUCUGGGUCAGGGUGCUUUAGUGAUGGUUGAACUGGAGGAUAUCUCAUACCAGCAGCACACAGAAGGGCAAAAGAACCAGCUGGACGAACAGUCUGAAGAAUCGGCUGAGCCAGCGUCUGAGAGAGCUGUAGAUAGCAGUUCAGAGGAAGCGGAAAUUGAGGUGCCCGUAGUAGACAGGCGGACCUUGCGAAGAAAGGCUAAAGGAUACAAAGGACCCCCCAAGAAAAAGGGAAAGUUGAUUUGAACAGAGAGCUG